CGUCUUGUCUAGCGUCCAGAGUCCAGACAUCUUUGCUUGGGUAACUUGACAUAAUCCCCUGAAAUCAUGCGAGUCCAUAUCUAUAAUAAGAUGGGAAAAAAGAUUUUGCCGACGCCGUUGUUUUUUCAAUAGUAACUUUCAAUUGGAGACAACCAAUUUAAGCAAAUUAAUGAAACAGCAGCAUUGGUUGGGUGGUACGUCUUUUGAACCAUGACUUUAGCUUAAAGUGUAUCUCUGGAUAAGUUCCCCAAUUCGCACACGGAUACAAGCACCAUCAAGGCAGUCAAGUAUGCAAUAAAAUCCCCAUUGAAAUUUAUUGCAAUUAGUUGGGAUGUCUAGGCCUUUUGACUUGUCUUUACCUUGAAGGACGGAAAGUGUCAGUGAUAUCACUAUAUCAGGGCGCUGCGAGGCCACUAUCAAAAAAGCAGCAAAACUGGAACCAUGGGCGUGUUCUACCAUGAAGAGCCUCCAAACCAUACUGCUACUAAGAGAUACAAUUGUCUUGCCGCAACAUUGAAGGAAGCAUUUUCCCAUUGCCGUACUUCCCGUGGGCGGCUUUCAACUGCAAGCCUCAAUGAGGAGUGCCCAAACAGCGAUUUUGAUGAGGAACAGGAAGUGGUUGUCUCAGCGGUUAAAAGUAGAGCCAUGGAGAGACAAAAGCACAAGCCAAGUGUCGCGAGAGACAACUUUUCCUGGGUUUACUCUCCUGAGACAAGAGAACUGUAUAUCACUCAGAUGGUGGCGCUACAUGAAAGGGAAGACGUCGACGAUGAUGAAAAGGAAGAGUUUUUGUCGGUUAAAAGUUGUUUCUCAUGUCACUCAAGUCGUUUGAGCGGAGAACCGUUUUAUUCUGUCAAGACAAACUUCUCGCCGUGUUCAAGCUUGAACGACCUUGAUUUCUCUGAAUAUUGGAGGCGCUCCAUUAUUCAAGAACUCUGUCACUGCGAGGGGUGGCCAUUUGGUCUCUGCCGGAAAGCCGUGUUGCUACCACCCCUGCCCAAGUCACCUUCAGAGUCAUGGCUGUGGCGUAGAAAGCAGCAGAGUACAAAAGAUGCCUAAAGUUAUUUAGCUUCUGUUGAAGUCAACCACAGUUUAUGUUUCGUAUCCGUAUAAGAAAUAAAUUCUGAUGUAACUCGUGAGACGAGACGAGAAAUGUACGAGUGCGUGAGAGUCAUUCCCAGAGUAGAGGAUGAAUUAUGAUGCAUAAUGCAUAAUGCCCGGCAUAAAAGACGACGAAUGGAAAUGUGCAUAAAAACAUAUUUUUAUUUUGUUUAAAAAUAAUAAAAAACAAAUUUCAUAAA